AAGAUUCUCAAUUUAACAAGGAAUCUGAUCGCUUCUUCUUGAUUAACCCUUUUUCUUUAACCUCUUAAAACAAGAAAACAAGAAGACAAAACUUGUUUUAUAAUAGAGAAUGGAAGAGGGGAAAGGAACGGAGAAGAAAGGAUGCAUAAUUACCGUCAUCAUUGUUUGCAUUGUUUUGACUGUAGGCUUAGAUAUCGUCGCUGGUUUCGUCGGAUUACAAGCCCAAGCCGCCCAACAAUAUGUGAAGCACGAUAAGCUCGAGUGUAAAGCUCCAAGCAAAACAGCUUUCGUGUUAGGGAUAAUUGCAGUGUCAUGUUUGGCAACAGCUCAUGUCAGUGCCAAUGUGAUCGGAUGCUCUAUCUCCAAUCUAUUCCAAGCACUCGGCGCCUUACCUAAGAAUAAGAUCACUACAUACUUCAACAUGGCAUGCCUUUUUCUCAUUUGGGUCGUAGGAAUCUUUGGAGCAUUGAUCCUUGCGAAUGGGAUAUGGUCGAACACAGAGUCAAGAAUAAGAUGUAGAUUCACAAACAACCAUGUGUUCUCUAUUGGAGGCAAAGUGUGUUUCCUUCAUGCCAUUGUUUCUGGCAUAUAUUACAUAUCGUCUAUUGUAGCAAGGGCUCGGCAUUUUCACCGAACCAAACCAAACAAAACUAAACCAUCUGAACUCAAACCGAUCCCAACUGAACCAAACGAAGCUGAACCAAACUCUACACCCAACCCAUAA